AUGUCGGAUGUGUCGAACUCCUUCUCAGCUUGGGAGACUCUGCCGGAGGACGAACCUCCGCCGUGCAUCGCAGUUCGACGCCCAGUGUCACCUCCACGCCACUAUGAGGCGACGUCGGACGGUAUAGCGACCGGUGAGAGGCGAUCAAAUCUCAGGUUGCUCAGGACGUCAUUGAUUCUGGACCAAGGCGACACACACACGACUCGCCGUGGAGACUGUCUCAGACUGUGUACUUACAACGCGAGAACAGUUUCCACAGACGCUGACCUGCAUGCCCUUCUCGGAGCUGCAGAGCGUAUCAAAUUUCACGUGAUUGCUCUGCAGGAGACCAAGUGCAGAAGGAGCGACGUACGACAGAUGAAUGACGGUACACUCGUCAUUCGUGGAGAGAAGGUUCCGUCGCGAAAUGUAGGCGGUGUUGGUUUUGUUGUGCACCCAUCUGUCGUCCAUCUCGUCGAUUCUCACGAGAUCCUGUCACCUCGUCUGUCAUUUCUUCGCCUCCGCCCUCUGCGCCAAAAAUCCAUCACUAUCAACUGCUACUCACCAACAUCAGUAGCUGAUGAAUUCGAAUUGGACGCGUUUUACGAGGAGCUGGAAGAAGUGGUCCGCAACGAGAAGUUCUUCUACAAAUUCGUUGUCGGAGACUUCAACGCAAAACAAGGAAAGGCCACAGAAGAGGAAUACAGGAUUGGAAGAUUUGGACUAGGGGACCGGAAUGAAAAUGGCAAUCGUCUCGCCGGGCUGUUGUCCGCCGCUCGUCUCUUUCAUGGUGACUGGCACAUCGAGGAAGACCCAAAUGUGGACUACGAGAUGCUGCUCAGAGUAUUACGAGCUUGUGCUGAACGUGCCUCGAAGCCGCGCACGACAAACUUGGAUCGAGUUUUGAAGACCACCAAGGAAUUGUUGGAAAGAAGAAGGGCUUUGAGGCUUGAUCCGAAUGCAUCGCACAUAGAGCGGCAGAAGAAGAUUCUGGAAGCAGCACAAAGAAGAACGAGUCUAAAGAAGUGCCGCAGGGAUCUGCGCGAAUAUAAUAUUCCGCUAGCAACCUUGCUGCGCAAAGACGGGACUCGCACGUCUUCUCGUCGUGAGAUGGAAAUCAUUACGGAGAGGUUCUACUCGAACCUUUUCCGUUCAUCAACUCCUGUGUCAAGCCCAAUCAUCCCCACUGGCGAAGCUCCGCCACGGAUUCUCCCUUCGGAAGUUCGAGUCGCUAUCAAGAGCAUGAAACCUGGCACAGCCCCCGGACCUGAUUUUAUAUCAGCAGACUUUCUUGGGGCUGGUGGCCAUCCGCUUCAUGUAAUCUUAGCAGCGCACAUGACAUCCUACCUUCAGAAAGAAAGGAUCCCAGGCCAGUGGAAGACCUCGCGAACCGUUCUCAUCCAUAAGAAAGUAUUCACCAAGAUCAUCCUCACGCGCAUAUCUAGGACGCUGGAUGAAGCCCAGCCUCAAGAACAAGCUGGAUUCCGCCAGGGGUUCAGCUGCUUGCAUCACAUCCGGACUGUGUCGAGGGUCAUAGAGGUUUGCCGCGAAUACCGCCUGCCCCUUGUUCUAACCUUCGUCGACUAUGAGAAUGCUUUUGACAGCGUAGAAACGAAUGCAAUACUGUCAGCGCUGGUCGACCAAGGUGUGGACGCGUCGUAUGUGAGGACAUUAGCCAAUUGCGAUCGAUGCACGACUAGGAUACAGCUUUUCCACAGUCUUCUCACCAUACCCAUUGGAAAGGGAGUACGACAAGGCGAUACUAUAUCGCCGAAGCUGCUCACGGCUGCAUUGCAAUGGAUAAUGAAAUCACUAUCCUGGAAAGAAAGGGGCAUACGUGUUGAUGGAAGAUUUCUUUCAAACCUUCGUUUCGCGGACGACAUCGUUCUCUUUUCGAGCAGUACCAAUGAAGCAGAAAUGAUGCUCAAUGAAUUGAACGAAGCAGGGAAGAAAACUGGACUACGAAUAAAGAGAAAGAAGGCACAGUUCAUGAAGAACGCCUACUGCGAGGACGGAGGAGUACAACGUGAAGGCUCCCAAAUCGUGGAAAUUUCGUCAUACGUAUACCUCGGACGUUCUAUGAACAUGGAGAACGACUCGAAGGAGGAACUGAAUAGAAGAAUGAGAGCAGCAUGGGCAGCAUUCGCAGCCGUCAUGGAAGCUACGGACCAACUGACGGACCAAAAUCUUCUUGCCCAUCUGCUCGACUCGACAGUUCUUCCAGCGCUCUGUUACGCAGCGGAGACAGCCCUUGAGAGAUGUCUCCUGAAAUUUAACCGGCGCACACAACACCUUGCCGGUCUUCGUAGCUCCGACUUAAUAGGAAUGUCCCGUUUUCGCGACCCAGCGGAAUAUGUAUCGAAAGCAAAACAUAGAUGGGCCGAUGGACCAGCUGAGAGCUCAGCUGGAUACGGCUCAAGGAUCUCGUCAACGUCAUUCACGAAUCUUGAGAACAUCUUGGAUGACAAUGGCGAGGGAACGAAACGAGUGGAAGAGAUGCUGGGGGCCGCACGUCCAGUGAAGACGGGCCAUCUAAGUAAGCUAAAGUCGUGUAGCAUGACUGGCAUCGCUUGUUCUGUAGUUUGUGAGGAAACCACACCAUUUAGCGGAGUCAUGGAUAAUGUCUCCAAAUGUGCUGGGAAUGAUUCAAAAAUCCUCAUACUGCAGAACCCCGAAGCAAUCAUCAUCUACAAGCAUUUCGAGCUGAUAGCUAUGCGUUACGCACUUAAUGUUAUUGCCCUGGCUGUGACUGUGAUGGAAUGUUCUGACCAAUUACCAGACUGUGGGAAAGAUUUGCCUAGUAUAGCACCUGCUCUUGGCAAAGAGUUAAGAAAGACGUUGUCGGACGGAGUUCAAGCAAACAUGAAGGAGGGCAGCAAACCGGAGGGCGAAAAGGAAAACGAGACACCGACAGAAGAGUUCCUCUCCGAAUUGGGAAAAGACACUAAAGUAAAGGUGAGCAGUAGCAGUAAAAUCUGCCCAACACUUAAUGACGUGUUGCAGACCACCCACGCUUCACUGCGUGACAAGUUGGGUCAGGAGUACACAGAGGCUUAA